AUAACGUUUGCUCUACCAGCACAGUCUUCGUCACUGCCCACCAUCAGCGCUCGUCAUGUCUCUGUUAAGAGGUAACAACCAGCGACGACGCUCCCAAUCCGCCUCUACAGCGUCCUCACCUUCUCAUCGUCGUUUCAUCGACGACUCCUGGAGAUCCGCCACUAAGAGGUCCCAGCCACACCAUCCAUGUAAUUCAAUCAGCCCAGAUUUUAACUCGCCUUACAAGUGGAAUGUUGAGGACCCAAGAAGUAAACGAAGGCGACGAGACUAUUCAGUAUGCGUUAUUAUUAUCCGUGGAUCAAGUUUGCUAAUUUCCUGGCAGCCGUCCAGCGACAGCAUGGAUGAAACCGUCUUCUCACAUUCCCCUCAUACAUCUCAACCUACCUUUGCUACAACAUCGGCUGAAUUCCAUCUCUUCCCUAACCGUGAGCGGAGUAACAAUCGCAUACGAAGAGCGUCGCAUAAUCCAUCUUCCCAGCCUGACUUUUCUUCAAGUCAGGAAAUGACCAACCAGGCCGAUCUGACGAGUCUGCGCGCUUCUGCAUUUUGGGAACUCCACAGAAGUGUCGCUGACAACGGAGAGGGAUUGGUACGGCGAAUGCGAGAUUACGAGCAUACGCGCUCCAGAGCGGAUGCAUAUUCGAAGGCAAAGGAGGCGCAUAGGCGCGGACGAAAGAGGUCGUCCUUGAUUGUUUCGGCUCGAAAACCGGCUCCACCGGUCGAUGGCUCUGAUGCAGACGACGACGACGAUGACAUCCAGAUUUUCUCUGGAGAGGUAUCAGAUAUUUUCGCGGGCAAAUAUGGUCACGACCAACGGGCGUCGUCAUUAGACUCCAAGGGAGCUACCCUUCACCGUGACGGGUCUUCCCGGUCUAUGCCCAGCGGCAGCGAAUGCUGUUCAUCUCCUGCGGCUUCUUCGAUAUACCCGUCAGACGAUGACACAAAAUCCAGCGCGACAGAUCAGUUCACCGACGGUGGUCUCCAUCAUAUACCUUCUCAACCUUUCACCCCUGUUUUGUCUUUUACCGCAUCGUCUAACAGUUCUUCUAUCUCAUCACUUCCUUCCCUUCCUCCUCCUGCUCUGGAACUUUUACCCCGUAUAGUAUCCCCCCGCCCGUUGACUUUACCCGCCUCACGCUCUGAGAAGGCGCUAGCUGCUCUUAGUUUGGCGAUGGCAAACUGGCGCUGGGAGCAUACACGAUUAUGAUGCUCUUGGAGCGCUACAGCCCGUUUCAGCUAUCGAGGAGUGUCAGGUAGGUGAAAUGUGGCAUUAGCCGCCAAGUUGGGCGUCAUCAGGGUGGUGGAUAGUUCUCUCAAGCUUGCAUAUUUCCGAAAUCA